CAAGACUUUUCCCGCCAGCUGUUUCUUUCCCUGACUAGAAGGCCUUUUAUUUCUCACUCUUUUACUCUACCUUUACGCACAGAGUCUUCCUUGAAGCCACGAGACCAGCCCAAAGAAGUUUCCGGCUAUCAAUGUGGCAAUGCCCCGAAACCCUACGAACUGGGACGAAUACCAAUACGGUACUUCCCACAGGAGCUCGAUCAGCAGUUCUACUGGGGGUCGUAGCGUCCAUCUCAAUGGAGAGGGAGAAGCAGAGGUCCCAUAUGGCGAAAGACAGGAGGGUGACGAUUCUGUUCUCCGCAGACGAGGAUCCUCGAUGGCUAUGCGCCUAAAUUCCCUUACGCAAGUAGGAGGCGUAAAUAGUAUUGGGAAUUUCGCCAGAAGCUGGACACGGGCUGCAGGUUUCCAUGAAGCUACCUCACGUCGACCUUCGUUCAUCUUGGCCGAUUCAGACACAAAUAGGGGUGCGGAGGAUGCAAUCACGUACGGGAGGACAGACACUGAGUAUGGAGGGGUACCUCGAACGUCAUUAAUUAGAGCACACCUAGAAGCGUCGAGACCCGGACACGAUAUUGACGAUGAAUCCCUUGCCCCAGAGGUAGAAACUGGCGGUCGCAGAGGAAGUGAUUCCGCCUUUGCUACUACGUCUCUUCUGGCCACCCCGUCUGCAGGCAGUUACGGCACCUCUUAUGGAACAUUGCAGUCCACCUUGAGCGAGUCUUCUAUGGCCCAUGCUGGCCAACUAUGGAGACAGCAGCAAGCAAGUAGGGUGGAUGAAGGUGGAAGGGAGCCUCUCAUCGUCAAGGAAGUCGAACAGGAUGGGAAGAUCGUACUUGCCGUUGCUGGUCAAUCCACAUUACCACAGACAAUCUUUAAUUCCAUUAAUGUUCUAAUCGGAGUAGGACUUCUUAGUCUGCCAAUGGGCUUUAAAUAUGCUGGUUGGGUCUGUGGGAUGACUUUCCUCCUCCUUUCGGCCGUGGUGACUUCUUACACAGCGAGGUUGCUAGCCAAGUGUAUGGAUGUGGAUGCCAGCUUGAUCACUUUCGCCGACCUGGCAUUCAUUUCCUAUGGACAGAAUGCCCGGAUAGCAACCAGUGUGCUUUUUAUGCUCGAAUUAGUUGCUGCGUGCGUUGCUUUAGUAGUUCUGUUUGCGGAUACCCUCAAUCUUUUGAUCCCUGGAGUCGGUGUGGAUCAGUGGAAGAUAUUGUCUGGACUUCUUCUAAUACCCCUCAAUUUUGUGCCAUUACGAUUGCUCAGCUUCAGCAGCGUGGUUGGGAUUUUUUCGUGUUUCUGCAUCGUCCUCAUCCUCUUUGUCGACGGCAUCAUCAAACCCGAAGCUCCAGGAUCCCUACGUGAGCCAGCUCAGACCUAUCUGUUUCCCGAGAACUGGCUCACUCUGCCUCUCUCAUUUGGCCUGCUUAUGUCACCUUGGGGAGGGCACUCCGUAUUUCCCAAUAUCUAUAGAGACAUGCGGCACCCACAGAAGUUCAAGAAGGCGGUCAAGGUUACUUUCAGCUUCACAUAUCUGCUAGACUGUGCAACCGCAGUUGUGGGAAUCCUCAUGUUUGGUGACGGCGUCAUGACAGAAAUCACGGCCAAUCUCAUCCAGACUUCCGGAUACCCACGCUCCCUCUCUAUAAUCAUGAGUAUAUGCAUUGCCAUCAUCCCUCUGACCAAAAUUCCGCUCAAUUCCCGGCCCAUCGUCUCGACCAUCGAGGUUCUCUCUGGGCUCGAUCCACAAGCCCUCUCCGGCUCGCCUAGCCUCACCGGCCUGUCCGGGUACUCGCGCGGCCUCCUCAAGAUCGCUAUCCGGAUCCUCGUCAUCAUCUCGUUCGUCGCCAUCGCCAUCGCCUUCCCGGAGUUCGAUAGCAUCAUGGCAUUCAUGGGAUCCACCCUGUGCUUCACCAUCUGUGUUAUCCUGCCGCUGCUGUUCUACCUCAAGAUCUUCGGGCGCGAGAUCAGCAUGCGCGAGAGACUGCUCGACUACUUCUUGAUCGCGGUCUGCUUUGUCCUUGCCGUCGUCGGGACGGUGUGGGCCUUCCUCCCGAAGAGCUUGGUUGGUGCUGAAUGACACUCCAUUAAGGUGUUGUAGAAAGCCAGGGAAGCGGUUGGCUUAGGUAGGUAUAUGUACAUACCUUAUAUAUAUAGAGAAUGCCUGGUUUCCGGCAUCGGCACCCUGCUUUUUCCAUCAUGUCUAACAUACUCUUCACCUCCUACGCAACCUACGUUUGUGGUUGAGACGUACCAUAACAAAUAAUAGAGAAGACAUGGGAUUUUGUAAGUCUCACCACGGCAUACGUCUCUUGGCUUUGGACCGAACUUUGCAGUCCUGGCAAGGGA